GUCCUGUGCGUAAGUUGCGGAGAAGUUCAUACACUACUAGUUUUUGUUGCCACGUUCACGUUGCUCAUUAAAUUUCGAAUUUAUUGAAUAAUAGAAAGGUUUGAUAUCAUGUCGAAGGUGUCUAUGGGUAAAGUACUGCUCCGAAAUGUCAUCAGACACACAGACGCCCAUAACAAGAUUCAAGAGGAGUCUGAGAUGUGGAAAUUGAGGGAUCUUGAGCAACAAGCCUCGUCUGCUCAUUUCCCAAAGCAGAGGGGCCGCAUGCACUGUGACCGUUACUUGGAUGACUCGGAGGGGUCCAUGCGAGAGCGGCUUGGAGACAGGAGAGAUGAGAUGUCUGAGAGAGAGGCACGAAAACUGUACGAGUUUGAAGCCAGUGAUCCUGACAGGUGGGGCCACAGUGGCUUUAAGGAGCUUUAUCCAGAGGAAUUUUAUCCUGAUGGGGGAAAAGACUGCAGCAAUAGUAAACACAAAAGGAAAAAACACAAGAACAAACUAGACGCUGACAUAGAGAAAUCUUCCAAGAAGUCGUCUAAGAAGAAGAAAAAGAAAAAGGAGAAGAAGGGAAGGAAGACUGCUGCCUCGGGCUCUGAGACCUGCAGCGAUGCAGAGGACACCGUCAGGAGGAAACAGAGGAGGAAGGGAGGUAAGAGCAAGCGGAGGAAAAAGGAGCACAAAAACAAAGACAGCGACACAGAGGACAGCCAUUCAGACACAAGGACGAGAACCCACAGGAAGAGAGACUGCCCUGAAACGGACACGCUGACCGAACCUCAAAGGAAAAAGCGGAAAAACUGGAAAGUGGCGAAUGAGGAGAGAUCAGAGGAGAGCUCUGAUGCUUGACUUUUCAAUAUUACCCGUCUGCUUGACUAUGCUAACUCUAGACACAUUUUUUUUAUUUGGGAGACUCUGAUCAUGGGUCUGGAGUCAUUAACUUGAUCUUUAUACCUCAUCAAACAGACACUUGAUGGCUUUUUUCACCAUGUUUGCAUCCAGGAGAAUUUGUCUAAUUUUUAUGAGGUUGCAUUUUCUAAACAUUUUUAUAUAUCUCUGAACAUGUUUUUUUUAUUACUCGUCAGACUGAACAAUUUUUAUUGUCAUAAAAAAAACUCA